GGCGGCGUUCCGGAGGGCGGAGCGCGGCGCGGUGAGGCGCGGGCAUGGACGCGGAGUACCCUGCCUUCGAGCCGCCGCUCUGCAGCGGCCUCAAGCAGCUGUGCCAGCGGCUGCGGGAGGCGUACCGCGAGCUCAAGGAGGACCUCGCCCCGUUCAAGGAUGACCGCUACUACAGGCUGGCGCCCAUGCGGCUCUACACGCUCUCCAAACGCCACUUCGUCCUCGUGUUUGCCGUUUUCUUCAUCUGUUUCGGACUGACCGUCUUCGUUGGGAUCGAGGGGCCCAAAGUGAUCCAGACUUCCGCUGCUAACUUUUCACUGAGCAAUAGCAAAAAGUUAAAGCCUAUUCAAAUACAUUCAAACCUGCUGUCUACAUACAACCAGCAGCUAUGGCUGACGUGUGUGGUGGAGCUGGAACCCUCAGAAGAAACUUCUAUCAAAACCAGCUUUUCCAUGACUGUGAAAGUCAAUGGUGUGGCUCAAGACGGAACCACAAUAUACAUUCAUAACAAGGCUCACAAUCGGACAAGGACCCUCUCGUGUGCAGGGAAAUGUGCAGAAAUCAUCGUGGCUCACCUGGGCUACCUGAAUUAUACACAGUACACAGUGACCGUGGGAUUUGAACACCUGAACCAGCCCAUCAAGGAGAUGAACUUCACGUGGAAGACAUACAACCCUGCAUUUUCCCAGCUGGAGAUCUGGUUCCGCUUCGUGUUUGUGGUUCUCACGUUCAUCGUCACCUGCCUGUUUGGACAUUCCCUGCGCAAGUUCUCCAUGAGAGACUGGGGCAUCGAGCAGAAGUGGAUGUCCGCCCUCCUGCUGCUGCUGCUGCUCUACAACGACCCGUUCUUCCCACUCUCCUUCCUGGUGAACAGUUGGCUCCCGGGGAUGCUAGAUGACUUCUUACAGUCUCUGUUCCUGUGUGCCCUGCUGCUCUUCUGGCUGUGCGUGUAUCACGGGAUACGGGUCCAGGGAGAAAGAAAGUGCUUAACUUUCUAUUUGCCUAAAUUUUUCAUCGUUGGACUGUUGUGGCUGGCUUCUGUUACACUAGGAAUAUGGCAGACAUUUAAUGAACUGCAUGACCCCAUGUACCAGUACCGUGUUGACACAGGAAACUUUCAGGGCAUGAAGGCCUUCUUCAUGGUGGUGGUCGCUCUGUACGUCCUAUACCUCCUCUUCUUGAUAGUGCGGGCGUGCUCUGAGCUCCGUCACAUGCCGUAUGUGGACCUCAGGCUAAAGUUUUUAACUGCAUUGACCUUCGUAGUGCUUGUUUUUAGCAUCGUCAUCCUCUACCUAAGGUUUGGGGCACAAGUGUUGCAAGACAACUUUGUAGCAGAACUGUCGGCUCACUACCAGAACUCAGCGGAGUUCCUGUCUUUCUAUGGCCUGCUGAACUUUUACCUGUACACGCUGGCCUUCGUGUACUCUCCAUCCAAGAAUGCUCUGUAUGAGUCCCAGCUAAAAGACAACCCUGCAUUUUCCAUGCUGAACGACUCUGACGAUGACGUGAUUUACGGGAGUGACUAUGAGGAAAUGCCCCUGCAGAACGGCCAGGCCAUUCGGGCCACGUACAAGGAGCAGUCGGACAGUGACUGAGCCCUGGCAGCAGAUGGGGCAGCAAGGGGACGGAGGCCGGCCUUAGAGAUGCGCCCUGGGCCUUUCUCCUGUAAGCAGAAGUUUCCUGUUCCUUAUUUGUUUACAUAUUUUGAAAAGAAAAACCAAAUGGAUUGAAAUGUUGAUGAAGAGACUGGCUGACCGAAUCCAAAGGCAAAUCCUUUCACAGAGACACCGGACAAGAAGGAGCCGGUAUAUGCUGAGGAGGAGAAAUUACCCA